GUAAACAUUCGUUUAUUUAUAUGUAGACUUCUAAUGUGUACAUACAGUGAAGUGAAGUAACAUGUAUGAUGAAUGCAAAGGAAAUGGUAAACUGUCAAGGCUCAUAUAUCUGUAGAAGAGAAGUAACUCAGGUUUGUCAAUAUUAAGGAAGUUUUGCUUGAUUGAAAACUUGUUUCUAACCGACCCACAUUUAGUUUACCUAAUUAACACGAUAUUAAAUCUACUGACACUUUGCUGUGUUUCAUUUUUGUCAGAAUCUAGUGAGGCUGGAGAAGUGAAGGUAACUGUGAAGUGCGAAGGUUCAAAUGGAAAUUCGAUUGGUUUUACCUUUUUCGAAUUUAUCGAGGACAAAUAUCAAGGCUUACUUAAAGAGGUCUUAAGAGUUGUGCAGGGACGGCCUAACAUUUCCAAUGCAUGUACGAGUCCUCCUGAAACAAAUGAAUCAAGUGGCAGUGAUAUUCAAGAGGCAACCCCUUGUGGUGCAGGGGGAACAGGUAUAUAGUUAGUGUGUAAAAUUGCAAGGGAUCAUGUAAAACUUUUAUUCGUUAUUUUUACUGUCGUGAAUUCGAUUGAAAAUGUUGAUAAGUAAUGGAUACCCUCGUCUUAGCAUAGUGGUGUGCCUUUAAAGAAAGAAGGAGUGCUUAAAGUUUUGUGGUAUCAUGAUUACUACCGCUUGUCCUUAGUUCACAGAGGGAUGGAUUGUAUUAAAAGAUACAUUGCCAUGUCCCACCAAAGAUUUGUUAGGCAAUCUUAAAAUACAUAAUCGCAUUAGGGAACUUCUUAAACUAUAGGAUUCAUAACUGAGAUUCAGUGGAAUCCCACACGUAUGAAAACUUGAAUACGGUGCACCCAUGAUGAUAUUGGCCAAUUGACAGGUAGUUACUUGUUUGAACAGAAUUAUCUUUUGGGACAAUUGGAAAAAUUUUUUUUAACCUCGGCUACACAGGUCUCAGUUGUCUGAAGAAAUCUUCUCAGUUACAUUUGCGAGAACCAAAAAUUAGAGUUGACCAUUUUACGACAUACAACCCACACAAUCCACAAUUCCUCCAUUCGCUCCGACAAGGGCUAACUCUCGAUAUGUCAGCUUUGAAACUCCUUGUGGUGGUCAAUUUAGGUUGUCAACUCUGUUGAAAAAGCUAAAUUACCCUAUUUUACGACAUUGACUGCUUGUCUUAUGGAAUUCACAAAUAGUUUAGUCUUCUUGUAUACAGUAGGAGUACAUUCCACAGCCUCUUGGUAACAUUCUGAGAUUUACCAAACUACUUAACCUAUACUCUUACCGACUGCCACAAGAAAGGUGCGCUUUCUGGCGUGAAUGUUUUGUGAAUUAAGAGUAAUAUUAAGUUGAGUGUUGAAAGGGAUUACACUGGUCUCUCUUUAAUCUGAGCUGCAAUUAGUUUAGAAAACUCAGGACAAUCAAUCUUUUUAAACUACUUUUUAAAAUACAUUUCGUAUAUUACCAUGCAUUGUAUGUGUUUAUUUCACCAGGAGUAUCGAAUGUGAAUAAGAGGAGUUGCGCUCUACCUGAAAAAAUUCUUACACUACUUGUUUACAAAGCUGCUGAAAUAAAUGGCCGUGAAUUUCUCGAAAUGGUCUUUAACACGUUAGCUGGAAGAGUAAUAUUGAAUUACUACAGAAAAAGUUCUACAUUACCUAGAGAUGUUGCUAGAGCAAAUGGACAUACCAUUUUGAGAGAUUUCCUUGAGGAUGUGAAUGAAAGGUGAUAAUUCUUUUCUAGGUUAUUUAGAGCCUUAUUUUCCACUCGAAAACUAAUGCCGAGAUUAUAGGGGAGUCACCGAUUUUCAGAUUCUAGGGUAAGAUAAACUUGGACAACCUUGUGAUCCUUACAAUGGACUCCAGAUCGAGAGAUUAGGACCGCUGUGUUCUCUUGUUCUUUCCCAGUGAGCUAUUUCCUCUUACAGUAUCUUUCUCCACCCAUACGUUAUACGUUUAGUUUGUGCAAGAUGAUCCAGUAUAUCUGAAAUGUUGCACAGAAGUCGUAAGAAUAUCCAAUAGAGCUCGCUAAGACUGUACACGUUACAUCAUUUUCUCAUUCUUACAGGCUAUCAAAAGAAGUUUGCAGUGAAGACAGCUAUGAAACCGUUAAUUGGUUAGAGCUUGAGCACGCUGUGGAGAAGAAAGUUUGUUUACCUUGUAAGUUUUCACUUUGAUCAUAUGGUAGAGGUAGAUAGCACAACAUAUCUCCUUCAGUAGAGGUUUAUUCAACCAGUUACUACUGUUAUACUGACUAUCAACAGAUCCUUUAAGUGUCUUUUCGGGGGGGGGUUGAGGUAGGAGAUCAUAUAAUACAUGUAACCUUAUUGUCAGGAAUUUUUUACAAUUUUUUUUGGCUAAGAAGUAGGUUAUAGCUGACCAUAAUUAUUGUUUUAUUUAUUUACACCAGGUACUGACGAUGCCCAACUGGUAAGUUCUCCAGAUGGUGAUGAUAAUCAGAGUGACUACGAAGCAGAUGAUGAAGCAUCACUAUUGCCAUCACCCGCUGACGCUAAUGCAAAUGGUGGUGAACUAGAUGAUUCAGAACAUGGAGACAUAGGGCAAAUUACUUUAGGUAAUUUUUGAGGGUUUCUAUUCGAGAUUUUUGCCAUACCAAUUCUACUCCCACUUUGUUGUUAUGCUAUCACUCAGGCUUUCAGAAUCAUUUCAACAUAGCUGUUGUUCAUUUUGAUUAAUUAUAGAUCGUUAUACAUCUAAAAUUCAUUUUGAAGACCAUGCAGUAUCUUUUGAUAAGGUUUCUAGCUAACCAUGUUGUUCCUUAUCACUAGAUAAGAAUGAUUCUCGUGAUUCAAUCGCGACCGAAGCCGAAAGUCAACGACAUCAGACAGGAACAGAACGACAGGCGGAGGGUGGAUCUUUAUUCACAAACAGAGAUGAUUCUGAGAUGGAAAUGGAAUCCUUGUCUCAUGGUACAGAUAAUGUGGAGAUAAAGAGUAAUCCCAGAGUUUCCUACACUGAUUAUUCCGAAAAAUCUGUUGUAAACUCGGCUCAAGGUAAAAUGGAUCUAGCAUUAUCUGUUAUUAUUUGAAUUGAGCAAAGAUGCUGAUCAAAUGUACCUGUACUUCUUAAAAGCAACAAAGUCUAAACCUGUUGAUUAAUCAAGUAACAUGAAAGACGUAGUACAAGUUGAUUAUACCCCAGAUUUAAACAAUCCAUAGGACUUCUAAUUGACGCAACUUACAUAAGCAGUUCCACCAAUAGUUGUAAUGCAAAGAUUCAUCACCCGCAAAAGCUUUAUCAGGCAAUAACUGCUGUCCCAGAUACUUUCAAAUCCUCACAGUAAAACUCCUGAAAAUGUCCACGAUAAGAAAUGGCAUCUCAGCGUGGAGUUGACAAAGAAAGUAAACUUAUCUUGAAUCGUGAAACUUUUCUCGGUAAGAGAUUGUCAAUUGCAUCACAAACAGGAGGUACUUGUGUUUGUUUCAGACGCUGUUACAAAUGUUGCAUUGCAUCCAAACCAAGAAGGAGCAGACCCUGCAGAUGACCAUUUUGUCAGUUCUGCUGUUAUGAGUGUCGCUGGAGAGACUUCACAUGCUAUCGAAUUAAGCUCUGAAGGUGGAGCAAACAGCAGUGCCGAACGCCAAAACCAAGAGCCCACAGACAGUAUGACCAUAUCGCUCCCAUGUGAAAUCAAUACAGGGACUUUGAUGAAUCGCUAUAUCCAGACGACAACAAAAAACACCUUUUGGAAACGGUAUUGCAGUGAAACAGAUCAAAAGGAAGGACAAGACGAACUUAAAAAACCUCUGGGUAAGUAAUUGUUUACGCUCAUCGAUGUCAUUGGCUUUAAUCGGUCAAGCCACGUUUUCUUUGUUCUUUUGAAUGAAAUGAUAUUCUACUGGUCAGGUUACAACCAAGGAGGAGCCGGCCCCGCUAAUGACCACAUUGUCACUUCCGCUGUAACAAAUAGUGCUGGAGAGGCUCCAAAUUCUUUUGAAAGGGGUUCUGAAGUUGGAAACAACAUCGGUGCUUCACUCUACAUUCGAGGGCUUAUAGUCGGUAUAACUAAAGUGCCCCCGUGUUUAGACAAUGCGGAGAGAGUGGCUGGUCCCUUUAUCAUAAUGAAAACGGAAAACAACCGUAAGGAACGUAGUUGUGGUAGAAAAGAACGAGAGGAAGAACUGAACAACCUUGAUAAGCCUCCAGGUUAGUAGUAGUUUGCAUACUUGACACAGCUUUUGUAGAGAUAUUGAUUUUAAAAUCUGAUUGGCUUUUAUCUCCCAAGUUACCUCUUCUUUGUUCUCUAGAAUAAAGUUAUACUUUGCUGGACAGUCAGGUAAUGCAUUACUUUGUUAAAGAACUGCUUACUUAACUCCAAAAGAUUCCACUCGAUGUUUAUUGCUCGACAUAACAAAGGUUAAACUGUGACAAAAUUAUAUCCGAGGGACUCGUAGUUAAAAAAAAGAAAAUGAUUAUAAAAUAACAGCGGGUGCCAACGAGUGAAACAGCUAUUUAUCAUGAUGUGAAGUCCAUCAUGGGAAACUGGCCGCUCUCAUAAGGCGAAAAAUACCACCAGCUAGCUAAUAAAGACUUCCAAGUCCAUGCCGAUAUUUUGUAAAAUGCUAAGCUUUUGAGUCAGAGGGAAGUUCUAAGAUAAGAUCAGGUAAAAACUAUUUCUUUUGUAGGCCGCGGGGGAUUCCAGCGGGCCAAAACGUAUGGCCAGUCGGGACCGAUUGUGUGCUUACUUAGGUCGUGAGGCCAUUUGUUGAACCCCGACUCUUUACUGUAUCUACAAAAACUUUGAGCACUUGAUUAUGCACGAAGACUAUGAUCAGUUUGCGUAAAGCGAAACCGGAGUGAUUUUCGCCAAGUGAUUGUCGCCGGUGUUUACUGAACCGCAUGAAAUUCACUUCAAACGAAAAGUAAGAUAAAGUAGUAUAUUAUGACAUUAAUAGCGCAUUUUGGGCAAUUUGAGCACUUGUUAACUCAUCAACCGUCGCCAUUGAAUUUGGGAAAUUUAACAGCCAAAAUUUUGUUUUGCGUUUCCUUUAGGGUGUGCUCUUUAAUCAAAAAAUCAGAUUUUAGAAAUCUAGAGAAAGAACCUUUUAACGAUUAUACUUCCUUCUGCAACGAUUUUGAUAAAAAAUUUCGAAUGCGGCCGUCGGAGGGAACAUCGCUGACAACAUACUACUUACUACUCUAAUUAAUUCCAAGUUUGAUCCGUUUGCCCUUCAGGGACCCCUUGAGGACGCCAAGUCGCUUUCAGCAAAAUUGCGCGUACACUCUCCAUUUCGCAUUAUCGAAACUAAAAAAUUAGUAAAACUUCAAAAUUUAGGCUUUCAAAUUAUGUGAGUUUCAAAUUCGAAUUGUGUUUGUAAGGAAAAAACUCGUGUUAAAGGUACCGUCGACAUUCUUGUGCUUUGAAGAAUGAAAGGACGCCAAGUCCGUUUCUGUAAAUAUCGCUGAAGUGGUGCGCGCUCUUUGUCGCAAUAUACUACUACUUCUUGGCUUUUAUUUUAUGUCAGUUGCACACGAUUUCACAAAAAUCGGCGAAAAUCACUUGGCGAAUAUCACUAUGGUUUCAGUUUUCGCAAACUGAUCAUAAUCUUCGUGAUAUCAACAAGUUUUAUUUCAUUUAACGGUUAACUUCCCAUAAUUGAAAGGCUUUACAUAUCUGCUGUCAGUCCCUUUCCCUUUUCGCAAUGUACUACAACAUCUUAGCUUUUAUUUAAUGUACGUUUCAUACGAGAGGCUGACGAAAAAGUCAAAUCGCCACCGGUGGCGAUUUGGCUUUCAGUGAUGGCAAGUUUUGUGGAGGCGAGUUUGUUGCGGUGGCGAAUUGACCGCAAACCCUAAGCCAAUUGACUGUCUUUCACACAAACCUACCUGUCAAUUAAUAUUUGAAAGUUUGAAUGGCUAAAAUGGUGUUUAAUAUUCCAUAAUUUUAAUAAAUCACAUUUAUGAAAAGUGUCAUACCAUUUCCGUAAAUCAAGAAAAGUGGUCCUACAAAAGCAAAAAGGCCGUAAAGCUAUCCUUUUCAGAAAAUAUAUAACGCAACUCUUUCAAAUUUCUUUCUUCAAAUUUGCUGCGAGCAGAAGAUUAAACUAUCUACAAUCGGUUAUAUGAGGACUGUUAUAACUAGCGGCUUUGUAUUCUUGCCCAGUCGCUAGCAGUCAACACAGUCAGAAGUUUGCAUUCACUUCAAACUUUGUUUUGACUUUGUCAAUCAGUCUGCAUGUUGAUUGAAAGAAGUUACAAUUUAGUCAGGUAAGGAACAAGUUCUAUCGUAAGGAACUGUUUGAAAGAUUAGGCGCAAACUGAUAAUUGUGGGGGCACAUCUGUUACAUGUGGUAGGGCGAACCUACAAUAAAGCGAAAAUUUAUCGUUUGUUUCGUAUGAUGUGGUUAGCUAAUCUUUUUUAAAAGACCUGGUCAUGGUAGAGACAUUGUAGACGUUAUUUGGUUUUUGCAGUUAAACAGGGCACACCAGCAUAUGAAGAAUUGCAAGAAUUAGCCAACCGAGUUGAUUCAAAGUUGAAAAAGCUUGGGCGUCUCUUUGGGGUCAAGGAGCCAAAACUACAUGAUGUGGAGCAAAUGCACUGGCAGCAGUGUGUGAGGGCAUAUCAAAUGUUAAUGGACUGGAAAAUGGAGAAUGGUUGUGCAGCAGCUUACCAAGUAUAUGCUGCAUUACAGCAUAGGCUUGUGCAGUGCAAAGAAGUAGCUGAACAAGUUUGUUACAAUUAUGGUAAUUAAUGUCAGCAAUAGUAAUUGACUGGACAUGAUUGCAAUAUAUCAUACCAUCUCAGUGAAACUUGUAUCAAUCCUUUAACUCCCAAGAUCUAAUCGUUAAUUCUCCCCCCUCAGCUGCUAUACGUUUCCUUAAAAAUUCCUCGCGAGAAUUUGGUGAUAGAUCAAGAUAAAAACUUCUUUCUGACGACUGAUCACGUCUAGGAGUUAAAGGGCUAAGCGGACACCGGCCAAAGUUUGGUUUUGUCUCGUCACGCAGACACUACAAGUAGGCCCAUCUGUGACCCAAAAUCAAGUUGUCUUCGCUAGAUUUGUCGACAAGGCAUGUUCAGCUUAAGCAAUUAUGGAACAACUUUUAAAAAAACAUGGUAAACAGACAGUCUGUUUUCUCAAAGGCAGCAGAGCAUUUAAAACAAAUGUCAGAAGAGACGUAGUCAUCGUUUAUUAUGCCCCAAAUUUAGACUAUAAAAAGUUGAUAAUCACCGCUGUUGCAUGGCUGUAAUUACUACACACCUCCAACCCCCCUCCCCCCCAAAAAGAAACUUGGAUUGAUGUUUGUCAUAGAAUAAUAUAUUGUCCCGAGAAGCUCUAUCAGACUAAAACUGUUGUCGAAGUUUCAUAUCUUUAUGUUGAAGCUGCUGAAAGUGGAUCCAGUUGACGAUGAAAUUACAGCUGGAUGUUGAGCAUUUGUAAUGCUGUGGAUGAUAUAUAUGUUAACUUCAGUUCUGACAAUGAAACUCUUCUCUGUUUCAGACAGUGAAUUAAAUCUCAGUCAGAAAGAAAUGGCAUUUGCUUCAGAAGGGAUCACAAAUCUUGCACCCCUCUUCAACCAAGAAGGAGCAGUCUCUGAUGGCGACUCUCUGGUCUCGUAUGAUGUCGUUCCUGGUGCCGCAGAGAUUGUAAAGUCCUCAGAAUUGUAUUUCGGAGGUGCAAAGAACAGCAGAGCUUCACACCUCGACCAAAGGCCCCUUGUUGCUGCGGCAUCAGUGCCUUUAUAUGGAAAUAAACCACAGAGGCUGGUGGGUCCUUUUACCCAGACGUCAACUAGUCCUCGCUCUGAAACAGAUCGUAAGGAAGCCGUAGAUUGCCACGAAUGGCUUUUAAGUGAGUGAUUUCUAUAUAAUUAUUGACUAAUUUGUUGCUUUUGAUAGUUAAGUUACUCAAUCUUUAUUCUUUUAAGUGACAUGCAAUUUCGUAGUGUAGUAGUACAAUUCUAAUUGUCAAUUCACGAAAUGGCAUUCUGUGAUGCCUCUCUGAGAGAAUUUUGAAGUCAUACCCGUGUUCAGUGCCCAUCUCUGUGAAAUGGAAGGCCCUAGGGAGAGUAUACAAAAACUUUCAAAGCUAAGUAAUUUUUCAGAUUGGUUUUCGCUAUUUUCAUUUCUCGUACAUUUGCAAAAAGUGUCAGUUUACGCCUUUAAAGAGUGAGCAUGCGUGAGAUCGCGUGAAAUCGCGUGAGAUCACGUGAGAUCGUGUGAGAUCACUUUCCUUGAUUGUAAGGAAGGAGACUCGGGCCUUAAGUACGAGACUUCUAAAGCUUCGUGAGUUGACUGGUAUGCGAUAUCUGGUGAUAGUAAUGUGUUUGUGGAAAAGUAGGACUUGCUGAUCAUGGGGGGGGGGGGGCUGUUAGGGUAGGGCUUAGGUCUUGAGGCCAUUAUUGAACGCCGACUCUUUACUGUCAUUUUAAGAACUUUGGGGUAUUGAUUAUGUCUCUGUACAUUUGUGCAGGGAACUAGACGAGGGGUUAAAAAGUCAAGGAAGAGUAUUACGAACUGAUUUCUUUUAACUGACUACGUUGUGUCCACAGGUAGUGGAAUAACUUGGCCCUUUAUAAAAUCAAAAGAACAACAAGAUCAAUCAGCAAAAACAGUCCAAGAAAGGAAUUGGUCUGUUUUCACAAAUGAAGAUGAUUUAGGUAAGAAAAUGUAAUAUUUGCCGUAUGGUGCAUACAAUGUGAAGAAAUUAGCUCUUCACUGGGCUGAACUUGUCGACGAAAGUAUGGCGGAAAAACAACUGGCUCACCUGAGUAGGGCAUCCACUGUUUGCAGCCUUCGAGGUGUCAUUUUGCGGAAAAUGACCAACCCAAUGGAUGGGGCAAUAGAAUAAGGCUUUUCUUAUCUUUCUCGUGUGCGGAAAGUAAAUCUUACAGAGAACUUUGGACACUUUUUAUCUGUCAAAGAAACAUUUUGCUUUAACUUAAACGGAAGCUCUAGUGGAACUAUAAAGAAUGGUGCGAAUCUUCCAUCUUUCAUAAAAGCGUGAACAGAUAACGCUGAGUGAAAUACUGUUAUUGCUAUCGUCAGAAAAAAGUUCUGUUUCUGAUUAUUUUUCAAGCCUAUCAUGUCUCUUCUUUUCAGGUGUUUCUUCUUUAAAGACAUUUGAUGUGAGCACCUUUAGAAGAAAACUUGCAGAACAUUACAGAAGAACCACCGCAGCUCAAACUUCUGUGUGGGGUGGUACUACUGUCUACCUCGACCAAAUCUAUUGUCGACUCUCUUGGGUGAAAGAGGAACGAACUCCAGCUGGGUCCCUACAGUCUGAGCUGUUUCACUACACUGAUCUUCUCAAUGAAGACAAGAACGGAUUUAGAUCCAAGAGGAUAGUUGUGCAAGGGCCUCCGGGUAUCGGCAAAAGCACUUUUGUGAACAAAAUGGCUCGUGAGUGGUCUGCAGUUGUCGACGAAAGUGUUAUAGAGAAGCACAAAGGUGCCUUGAGUAAGUUCGAGCUGGCUCUUAUAAUUAAUCUGAGGGAAGUAGCCACUUUUCGAAACCUCCGAGAUGUCAUAAAAGGCAGUCGUAUAUUUUCUGUAGAAGACAGACCCCUAACAGAACAGCUCCUAAGCUACAUUGCCACAAACCAAGAGAAAGUUUUGUUUGUGUUUGAUGGCUACGACGAGUAUCGCCCACGGCACGACUCUGAAAUCUUUGAGAUAUUCCAAGGAAAUAAGCUGAAAGAUUGUUGUGUUAUGAUAACAACUCGAACUUCCGAAAGGGACGAGCUGGUUGCACAUGCAGACACGUGUGCCGAGAUCACAGGGUUCAAUGCAGAAUACAGAACGGUCUUCAUAACCAGAAUUCUUGGUUGCAAAACAGAUGCUCAGGCACUCAUGGAUUAUAUUGCACAAGAAGACCUUGAGGAUCUGGCGAGAGUUCCCCUUCUUCUUCUCUUCCUUUGCACACUGUGGAAAAAAGCAAACUUUAAGAGCCUUCCAGAAUCCAAAACGAAAUUGCAUUAUGCAAUCGUUCAGGACGCUAUUGGUCGUGAGGAAUGGAAGCCUUCCCAUGGUAUCUGUCGCAACGUUGAAGAUUUUGAACAGAGCCUGGUUGAUAUGGGAAAGGUGGCCUUAAAAUGUCUUCUAAGGGGCGAUAUUUUAUUAGAUUAUGACCAAUUACCGACUGCCAUAAUUUUACCAGAAAGUAGCAGUGGUGGUUUGCUUCAAGGCUUUCAUAACACAGAAUGCUCACAACCAAGGCAGACGGGUGUCUUUAUUCACAAAUCCUUUCAAGAGUUCUUCGCAGCGUUCUACAUCGCCUACAGAUGUGUUCCUGAAGGACAUCUUGGUGACGUUCAACAGCACAUCUGCAACUUGCACGACUGUGAAGCUUUGAGGAAUGUACUCCAGUUCGUUUGUGGUUUGUCUGAUAAUGGAGCAGUGAAGGUAUUUGAGCUUUUGAGGUCAGUCAGAAAUUCUCACCCAGAAUUGGAUUUUCGUAAAGCAGUUCCUAAAGAAAAACACCAGACAGUCAUGCGUCUGUGCGACUUAUCGAAUCAGCAGUACAGGUUUAUUGACCUAGUUUACAAUUGCUUCGAAGAAGUUCAGUCGAAAAAUGAACUAUUGAAACUUUGUGUUGACUGUGCUGGGGGAAUAUUCCUGGUUGACAAUCGGUUCAUUAAUCUUUUACGAAAGAUGAACGUGAACGUGAAAGAGCUAACUCAACUAAGGGAGUCAGUUUUCUUCGUUGUCAUUGUUGAUGCAUUAAACAUUUCGAUGGUUCAUGACUUGGUAGAACUUCUGGAUGUUCUUGAUGUCCCUCUAAGGAUAACGGAGAACUCUACACCUUUGCCACUUGGAGACUUCCUAAAGAAGUUUGUGAGUACGAGUGGAUGCCAAAAGUGGGGAUUCAGUGCCAUUAUUUAUUUCCGGCUUGGCAAAACUCAGGUACACAUCACAGAAUCGGAGUCGUGUUGUGAUAAUCACUGCAAACUAUUCGCUGGAGACAGUGCUUGCUUCAAAGAAAAGCCCUCAAAACAUUCAUGGUUCACGGGACUCUCAUCAUUCGUGAAUUUUCAUUUACCCAAAAUAAGAACGGUAGCACACGACAUGAAGUGGAGGAAACGUCUUCUUAGGAUCGAACACUAUGGUUCACCUGGAUCAGAUUGAAACUGGAAGGCCAGAAUUCGUCUAGGAUAUGAAGAGUUUUUUACACGAUGAAUCAUUUGAACCCAGUGUGACCUUUUAUUUGUCAGAUAGACUGAAACUUGAAGUAAUCAUUUAAGUUUCAGGAUUUAUCAAAUUACAAUAGUCUUGAUUUUGGCAUGAGUGAUAACUGUUCACUAUCAGUGUAGCUCAAGAGAAGAGACAAGAGAUCGGUACCUCUGAGGUACCUGAAAUGCCGAUCUGAGCAACACUCAAGUAGCCGGAGUGAAUAUAAGCACUCGGCAGCGAAGGGGAAUCAGACGCCGUCUGGAGGUCUCUUCAUUUUCAGGAGCUCUUAACUUAAAUAAUAUGUAUUAUCAACGGGUUAUCACGUGAAGAAAAACAAACAACAACAGUGAAAAUACUUUUAUUUAUCAAUGAUAAUUUAGUUACACGGACAUUUACGUAAAUUUACAAUAACGUGAUCUUCUCUGCUUGCGUUUUCAUUUGAUUGUGAUUUCGAUACAGAAAUUUGAUUGACGCUUGUAAACUAACUUCCGUAAAUCAAGAAAAGUGGUCCUACAAAAGCAAAAAGGCCGUAAAGCUAUCCUUUUCAGAAAAUGUAUAACGCAACUCUUUCAAAUUUCUUUCUUCAAAUUUGCAGCGAGCAGAAGAUUAAACUAUCUACAAUCGGUUAUAUGAGGACUGUUAUAACUAGCGGCUUUGUAUUCUUGCCCAGUCACUUGUAGUCAACACAGUCAGAAGUUUGCAUACUAAGUAUGUGCCAUUAAAGGAGUCUAGGUUUUUACUACCAAAAAGGAACAGCGCGCAUUCUUAAAUAGUAUAUAUGUUUCGGGGCAGACCUGCCUCUUUAGCUCUUGCACACUCUGUCCUAUUACCCGCAAGGAGCGACACACAGAAUUCUGUAACAAGCCUUCCAGUAUUUGGUCAUUGCUGGAGAGAAUGUUCCGCAUAGCUGAUCACAAUCUCAACCACAUCGAUAACUAUGAGGUACAUGUACUCUUGUUUGUAAACCUUAAGAAAAAUGAAGAGCAUGAAAAACAAAGCAUCACAAAUAAAUUAUUUAGUUGGAAA